UCUAGUGGUCUGAGGUGUAGUGGUGGUGUGGUGAGGCUUCACUCGCCGUGUGUCGGUCGUGUUAGUAGGUCGACAUUCUCACUACGGUCCGUUCCCCAGACGAUGCACACUUCCCUCAGCUAGACUACAUAUACCUUCGUACCUACAUAGAUCUUCCCAUCCUUGAAAAUGAGUCCGUUAAGUCAGGCAAUGUCUCAAAGCGUGGACGUGUUACUGGAAGAGUCUCCCAUCCAAGAGUUCUACCGGGACCAGCGUAUCCUGAUCACAGGAGGUACAGGGUUCCUGGGGAAGGUCCUGGUGGAGAAGCUGCUGAGGUCCUGUCCCCAAGUAGGACAGAUCCUGCUGCUCAUCAGGAGCAAGAAGGAUGCAGACUGCCAGGAAAGACUUGACGCCAUGAUGGAGGAUGCGAUCCUGAAGGGAGUCUCACCCAAGAACAAGCUGAAGGUAGUUGCUGUGUCCGGGGACUGUACCCUUCCUGGACUAGGGCUCUCAGAAAUUGACAGACAAACACUCAUAUCCAAUGUCACUGUAGUCUUCCACGUUGCGGCUACAGUCAGAUUCGACGAGGAACUCUCUUCAGCUAUUUCGAUCAACGUUAGAGGAACGAAAGCGAUUCUUGAUCUAGCUCGCGAAAUGCCAAACUUGAAGUCGAUGGUGCACGUUUCCACAGCGUACUCACAAUGUCAUCUACAACAGAUCGAGGAGAAGUUCUAUCCUUCAGCGUACAACCCUGAGAAGCUGAUGAGGCUGGCAGAGUGUGUGGACAAGCCUUACCUGGAUCAGCUCACUCCUCUACUCCUGAAAGAAUCUCCAAACACAUACGUCUAUACGAAGGCAGUAGCUGAAGAGGUUGUAAGGACUAAUAGUAAAGGAUUGCCCGUUUCUAUCUUCCGUCCAAGUAUAGUUGUCGCCACCAAGAACGAGCCGUUCCCAGGCUGGAUUGACAACCUGUACGGACCUACAGGGGUGGUAGUGGCGACGGUAACAGGAAUCAUGCGUACUCUCCACGCAGAUCCUGACAAAGUAGCGGACAUGGUGCCCGCAGACAUGGUCGUCAAUGGACUGAUAGCUACUGCGUGGAAAACACAUCUCAGAAGCAACACGAUAGAGUCUGCAGAAGAAGCCCCGCAGAUUUUCAACUUCGUUUCUUCACCAGAAAACCCUAUUAAGUGGUCAGAUGUCUUCACCUUGGGAAUGAGAUUCCUAUUGGAAGAUCCUAAAAGUAUUCUGUUGUGCAGGUAUCGUCUCCCCACAGUCCACGCAGUUUGGCAUCCUAACCUCACCUUGAAUCGUAACUACUUCAUGCACAGAGUUCAACACUUUCUCUACCAUGUUGUCCCGGCAGUGUUGGUCGAUACGGCAGCUUCAUUGGUUGGAAAACGUACCAACUUAUUGAAGAUAACACGGAAAGUGGACCGCUUUGGUGAACUUAUCUCAUACUUCGCCAUGCGACAGUGGACCUUCUCCAACAGCAAUGUCCAGGAUAUGUGGGGUGCUCUCUCAGCCAAGGACCAAGAGACUUUUCCGUUCUCUUUCCAAGGUCACGACUGGACCGAAUACUUCAAGAUAUACAUGAGAGGCACAAGGCUGUACCUUCUGAAGGAUGACUUAUCUACGAUGUCCAGAGCGGAAACAAGGACUAACAGAUUCUUCUGGCUACACCAAACUCUAAAGGCUGUACUUCUCUACCUGUUUGCCAAACUGAUGUGGAAUGCAGCCGGGGCUCGACUCGUCAAAUUCAUCUACUCCUUGAUAGUACGAGCUCCAGGUCUACCAGGCCUCCCCCUCAGAUGAAGGGAACUGUGAUGUUGACGUGUGCAAACGUGUAUAUUCACACAAGAUCAAAACUGUGUGAAGCCGAACAUUUUUAUACUUUUGAAAAAUAUAAUUUACUUUUGAAAAACUCACACCAUAAAAAUAUUUAAUAUUUAAGUUAUUCGGAAAGAAUAUUCUAAAGUAUUAGAAGCUCCUACCUCAUCACAUUAAUGUGUAACCCUUAUGUGUGUAAAUAGAAACACACACAACUGUUUCUGGUUUUUUAAUACGUGUUUUCAAUUUUUAAUUUUUCUUUAAUUUCCAGUUAAAAGUAACCAAUACUCCCUUCUUAGAAAAUAAGACUUUUUAAACUUAAUUUUGUAUUCAUCACGUUAUUAAUAAUGUGAUAACUUAAUGUAUUCAGUUUCAUAUACUUGACUCUGUGAUAUAACAGUUUAUUCUUAUAUGCUACACUCUCUUGGUAAAAACAUUGUUAUCAUUAUAAGCCAUAUGUCAAAUCAAAGCGUUAUUUUAUGUUUAUGAUCUGUUUUAUUUUUUUACUUAAAGUAACUCAAAUGCUAGUGAAUGGCGUAGCUGAAGCAAACAAUCCAAAAGAUUGCUGAAGUUUCCACUAGAACUUAGUACCUUCCUGAUUAAAAUUUGUCUAGAAAUCUGUAUAAGCUAUAUUGAAUCAAAUACAAAGCAUAACCAUUUAUACUUGUUUAUUCCAGUUUUUGAUACGAUCAAAAUUGCUUUAAAAGCAAAUAUUUAUUUUGUUUAAUCAUUGUUUUAAUAUGUAUAUAUAAGUCGCACAAUUGUGAUGUUUGUAAGUUAUUUAACUUUAUUAAA